AUGUCAUCUCGUCAAGUCUCGAAAUUAUUCUUACAAGAAGUUAGACAAACUUCUCGUAGAACCUCUCCAUCUACCCUAAGACCAGCUUAUUCUACUUUAUCUUUUUCAAGAAACUAUUCAGAAGGUUCUACUGGUACCCCACGUAACUCCGCCAUGGAAGACUCUUUCACCAAGAGAGAAAAGGCUAAUGAAGAUUACUUCAUCAAACAACAUGAGAGAGAGCUACUGGCUCAUCUAAGAGAUGAGUUGAAGAAGCAACAAAAGAAAUUGGAUAACUUAGAAAACAAGUUAGAAGAUAUGAAGAAAUAA